GUUUUUAAUAAGAACUAAUUGAUAGUUUAAUUAUAAUUUGAUAUCAUUCAUGGACUUGGUUUAUUUCAAGAUUUAAUAGAAUAUCGAAUAGUGCCAAUUUCUUGAAGACUAUAAUUCUUGAUCAUUUGAACAUUGAUAAAUUAUAAUAUGGAAAUAGUACAAUUUUAAGUUGACUAAAUAUAAAAAUAAAAUUGAGCAUAUUUCAAACCGAAUGGUUUAAAGUUAUUCUAUUCAUAUUGAUAUAUGAUGAUGAUGACGUUGUACUAUAAAGUAAAUACAAUAAAAGAUUUCUAAAAAAGAAAUUAACAAUAAAUGGAGAAAUUAAUCGAAUUAUUUUUUGAAUUGGAUAAAGAUAAUAAUGAAAUUGUUGAUAAACAAGAACUUAUCAAUUAUUGUCAAGAGAACAAAUUGGAUAUGGAAAUGGUUAAUAGAUGGUUGUCAAGAUGUGAUACUGAUAAAAAUAACAAAAUCACAUUCGAUGAAUUUUGUCGAGGAUUCGGUAUUAAACUAAAUGAAAUGCGUGUAGAAAAAAUCGAAAGAGCUUUAACAUGGGAUAACGUCACACCAGUUAAACCAGCCAAUAUUAAUAUUAUUAAAUCAGCAAUGUCGGAAACGAAACAAGCAAAAGUCAUUGAAACAUUUCAGAAAUUAAUGCAACAAUAUGGAGCUGAUGAAAAGAAUCUAGAUAAAGUUUCAUCAGAGCUAAAGAAAUUUUUAGAAGAAACUUAUGGUAAUGUAUGGCAUGUGAUUAUAAUGAAUGGAUCGUUCUGGAUGAGUUACUCUCAUGAACCAUUUUGUUCACUACAAUUUAAAAUGAAUAAUCACUCAUGUAGUGUAUGGCGUACACCAUCUGGGCAAAGAUAUAGCUCAUAAAUUGACGAAAUUAUUAACUUUUACCUAUAACUACUAUUAUUAUUGUUAUCAUCCGAACAAACUUUUAUACAUCACAAUCCCUUAUGCUAUAUAAUAAACUUUGCUCACUUCUUAAAUGUGUAUAUUUCUAGACAUGAACACUGAUUACGCUAAUAUAUUCAACAUAAUGCUGAGUUUGUUUUUAAUGAAUCAGCUGUAACUAAUUUGAGUUAUUGUAAAAUUUUAUCAAAGCCUACACAUUAAGAUUAUGUUUCUAAAACCAGUAUUUUUGCUAAGAACUAUUAGAUUUCUGUAUUUAAUAUAACUAAUUGUUCAUUAUGAUAUUUUGAUAAUGAUUUUGAGUACACAGAAUAGUUAUAUAAUAAUGCUUGAAUUUUAUCAUCUAGCAUUGAAAUUUAAUAAUUA